UGGAGCUCGGGAUGCCGGACAUGACGGCGCUCAGCCGCAUCGAUGAGGACACCAUCAACAACAACCUCAGGACACGCUACAGGAAGGACAAGAUAUACACUUACACGGGCACCAUCCUGAUUGCCGUCAACCCUUACAAGGAGCUCAGCAUUUAUGACACGGACUGGGUGCUCCGGUACAGCGGCCGCAAGAUUGGCCAAUGCGAGCCCCACGUGUUCGCCAUCGCCGAGUCUGCGUACGACAGCCUGCAGAACAUGACGGCCAACCAGGCCUGUGUCAUCAGCGGCGAGAGCGGUGCCGGGAAGACGGAAACUACCAAGUUCAUAUUGCAGUAUCUUUGCACCGUCACCACAAACGUGUCCACGUGGAUUGAACAACAGAUCCUGGAAGCUAAUACCAUCCUCGAAGCAUUCGGUAAUGCAAAGACGGUUCGCAAUGACAACUCGAGCCGGUUCGGCAAGUUCAUCCAGGUGUGCUUCGACGCCCGUUUCCAGAUCAAGGGGUGCAUGAUCCAGGACUACCUGCUGGAGCAGUCGCGCAUCACGUUCCAGUCGAGCGGCGAGCGGAACUACCACAUAUUCUACCAGCUGGUGGCGGCGGCUCAGCGCAGCGCCGAGCUGCGCGACCAGUUCGCCAUCGGCCCCGUCGAGCAGUACACCUACCUCAGCCAGAGCGGAUGCCUCUCCAUCGACGGCGUCGAUGAUGCGCUCAUGUUUGACGCGCUCAGGCUGGCCAUCUCUGUGCUCAACAUACCGCAGGAAAUGGUGGACGGCAUCUUCAGCGUGCUUAGUGCCAUCCUUUGGCUGGGCAACCUGCAGUUCCUCGACUCCGACGAAGAAAGCAGCUCUCUCACCGCGGGCGACGAGGAGAUCCUGAUGACGGUGGCCACCCUCCUGGGAUUCCAGCCCGAGGAGCUCACCUACGUCACGCUCCACCGCCAGAUCAUUGUGCGCGGAAACGUCACCGAGAUACCGCUCAAGUACAACGAGGCCCAACAAAACCGCCAUGCUAUGGCCAAGGCAUUGUACUCAAGGACGUUCGCCUGGAUCGUAAACUACAUCAACAUGUGCACGAGUCCUGGACGAGACAGCAACAGGUUCCUGGGCGUCCUAGACAUCUUUGGAUUCGAAAACUUCGGGGUGAACAGCUUCGAGCAACUGUGCAUCAACUACACGAAUGAAAAGCUCCACAAGUUCUUCAAUCACUACGUUUUCGCCCUGGAGCAAGAAAUGUACCGCCAAGAGGACAUCCAGUAUUCUCACAUACAUUUCACUGACAACACUGCCUGUCUAGAAUUGAUCGAAAAGCCACCAAAGUGCAUUUUGAAGCUCCUCGUAGAAGAAUGCCGCAUGCCCAAGGGCACGGACAUCAGCUUCGUGAGCAAGCUUCACCAGGAGCUGGAAGGGCAUGCUUACUACGUGCGCGGCGACGACCGUCGCCGCUGGGAGCAGGAGUUCGGCAUCCGCCACUACGCGGGCACCGUCGUCUACACCACGCAGGGCUUUCUUGAGAAGAACAAGGACGCCCAGCAAGACCAGCUGUUCGAGCUCAUGCGCAAGUCCACCAACGCCUUUGUCAAGGACCUCGUCAAGUUCCAGGACCUUCUGGAAGUGACGCUGAUGCGGCUGGCGGCCGGAGGCACCACAAUGACAAAGACGAUGAACAAAAGCAAGCCCACCGUUGCAGACGCCUUUCGCUACCAGCUGACGGCGCUCGUUGAACUUCUGCACUCGACAGUUCCAUGGUAUGUUCGGUGUAUCAAGCCAAACACUCAGAAAACAGCAAACAAUUAUGACGACGAACAGGUUUUGACACAACUUCGGUACCUGGGCAUGCUGGACAUCAUCCGCAUCAGGCAGCAGGGUUACCCGAUCCACAGCACGAUCGAUGACUUUCUCCGGAGGUAUCGAUGCCUAGUCAGGCAUAUGGGCACGCUCCCGCCGGAACCCCUCAAGGCCUGUCGCUUCAUCCUAGAGAGACUGAACAUGCCCACAAUGGAGUGGCAGAUCGGAAAGACCAAGGUAUUUCUUCGAACCUCUGUGUUCGAUCCCCUCGAAGAUUCCAGGCGAAAACUACUUCGCGAGAUGGCCACUAUCGUGCAGAAGACCUGGCGCGGCUGGCGGCUACGGAGAGCAUUCAUUCAACAAAGAGCAGCGGCCAUUCGCAUUCAGCAACAUUUCAGGGGCCACCGCCAGAUGAUCCACUUUAUACAGAUGCGACGAGCAGCCAUAACGAUCCAGGCAUACGUGCGGGGCAUGUUUGCGCGCGAAGUGGCGGCAGCGCUGCACGAAAUGCGACGCGUCGAGGCCGAGAUACGACGUCGCGAGGAGCAGGAACUCGAGAGACGCCGCAUUGAGGCCGAGAGAGCCGAAGCUCAGCUUGCCGAGGAUGAAGCGCAACUUGCCUCCGCCGAGGACCUGAUGCGUGCCGCCCAGGAAGAGCUGGCCGCCAUUUCCAACCUGGUGGAGAAGAACAUGCUGCGGCGGGGGGCUGACUCAUCGUCGUCUCAGCCCCGUCAUCAUCAGCAACAGACCGAGUGCGUCGACCUGGACGAAAUGUUCUCCUUCCUCAGCGAGGUGCAUGAUCCGCAUGCGCAGGCGCAGGAGUACAUCACAGGCAUCUCGCAAGAGGUCGACAACAUCCUCCAGGAGGCUGAGGCCCACGAGCAAGGCGACGUCGCCGUCACUCCCAGUCCCAUCGUGUCUCCCUCGCCCCCACCUCCUCCAUCGCCCAGCUUCGUCCAGGAGCGCAGACCUCCCAGCCUGCCCCAGUCACCGAGCGUGCCCAAUGAACUCAACGGUCCUUGCACAACGCUUCCUCCAGAGGAACCUCCCGUCCGGCUAAGACAUCCAAACAACGAUAGAAGACGAUUGACAAACCAUGUGGACGCCGAUGAUGCCGACAGAGAACUCAGGCGUCGCCAGCGCGUGGAGAAGCAGCUGAUUGCUAUGGAAGAAGCGGAUGGGGAGGCCGAGACGGAGCACCACGACAUGAUCGAGUUUGCGGAGCGGCACUUCAACGCCCACCUGCGCGACUUCGGCAGCGGCCCGGUGAUACGCACGCUGUCCCGCCGCCGCAAGUCGUCUGGUGAGGUGCUGCCUAAGUACGAGAUGGUCACCUACAGCCGCAACAGUGCCAUCCCGACAUCCCACCUGCACCUCUACGACCCGGAGAAUGUGGCCAUAGCCUGUUCUAUAUUCAAGGACCUGACCAAGUACCUGCGUGCUGAUGGGAAGCCCGAGGGCGAUGUGCACACCAUCCAGACUAUAAUUGGCUAUGGCAUCGAGCGCGAAGAGCUUCGUGACGAGAUCCUGGUGCAGCUGGUGCGCCAGUCGACCAACAACCCAAGUCACGAGGCCACCGUUCGGGCGUGGUUGCUCAUCGCGCUCAGCGUGGUCUCCUUCAGGCCUUCGAAGGCCUUCUCGAAGUACCUCUACUCCUACCUGAAGAAGAGCGUUAUGGAAGAUUCCGAGAUUGCUGCCUACGCUCAGUACUGCCUCGAAAACUUAAGUACGGCGAAUGCCACCAAUCGGAAGAUGCCGCCGUCGACUCUUGAGAUAAAUGCCGUUCGACUUCGAGAGAACCUUGUGUGCCGCUUCUACUUCAUGGACGGCCGGACCAAGGCCAUCGACAUCCACCCGUCCAUCACGGCCGAGGACGCCAUCAAGACGCUGGCCACCAAGAUCGGGCUGCGCUCGCUCGAGGGCUGGGCGCUCUACGAGUGCACACCUGAUCAUGAACACGUCAUCAAGGGGUUCGAAUACCUCGCAGACAUUAUCUACCAAUGGGAAACGUGCCGUCGUACAUCGGCAACGUUGACCAAGUACACGACAAUCUCGAAGAAGGGCCCCACGAAGGCCCUCGGGGGAGGCGAGUGCCGCUUCGUUUUCCGCAAGCGACUCUUCAAGGCGGUGCGCGAGAUCCCCCAGGAUCCUGUCGAAGUGAGCCUACUGUACGCACAGGCGGUUCAUGACGUCGUCAAGGCGGACAGUUUCCCUGUGGUGGAGAGAGUAGCUCUGCAGCUGGCUGGCCUGCAAGCUCAGGUCUCUGUUGGUGAGCCAUCAGAAAUCGAGGAGCUUGACAGGUAUCGGGACGUGGAAAGCUACAUCGCUGAGCGCAUCAGGGACACGCGUCCCGAGAACGAGUGGAUCCAGGCUCUGUGUACCGCCCAUAGAACGUACGGAAGCGGAAAGUCCGAACUGGUGUGCAAGGUGUGGUACCUGUCCAUCGUCAUGCAGUAUCCGCUCUACGGAACCGCCUUGUUCCCAGUCACAUGCCGCGGCUACCUCACUACGUACAACCACCAGUUGCUGCUCGGUGUGAGCUGCGAAGGCGUGCUCCUGGUGAACGCGGACAGCAAAGCCAUCCUGAAUGCGUACCGCUACUCUGAGCUCGAGUCCGUGCUGGUCAAUGAGGAGGACCGCCUGGUCACCGUCACGCUGUCCAAGAGCGUGCCAGACCUGCACAAAUGCUACCUGUUCGAGACGCCCCAGCACCAGGAGGUGGCCUCGUUGGUGGCCAGCUACUGGCCGCCGCUGGCCGCCCGCAUGAAGCCGUCGUACGAACUCAGCGUCAAGGGCCGCUUGGCUUUCGAAGACCGGGUGAAGCUUCACCAGGAAGUGAUGAACUGUCGACGCACCCUGGUGGACAGCGGGCUGCUCAACAAGCCUGAGGUGGCCACGCUCGGACUUUUCAGGAGCACCCUGAGGAGGUUCAACCGGAAUCGCUUAGACAAGCUCCGCCAGGAGUACAGCUCGGAGGGGUACAAGUCGUACCAGCACACCUACUGGGCCUUCGGCAAGACACCAAUCACUCAGAGCUUCCUGGUCAUGGCUGAACCGCAGGUGGAGACUACGGCCAUCAAAGUCUACACAUCCAUACUCAUCUUCUCCGGCCUUCUCGAAGAAGAGGACACCGAGUGGCACGGCCAGCGUGAUUUGAUCCAGCUGGCACAGUCCAUCAUCGAGUGCUGCAUGGUGCGCGAAGUACUGCUCAACGAACUCUUCAUACAGCUGAUCAAGCAGACCACUGACCACCCUGACCCUAACAGCAGGGUGAACGUGCGCCACUGGCAGCUGCUGUCACUGCUGUGCAGCGUGGCUGCUCCCACGGACCGACGCAUUUUGGGAUACCUGCAUGCGCACCUGCGGCACUGCGCUAUGGACGUGGUCACCGAGGAAGGACAGUUCGCGCAGUUCGCGCUCAAGUGUCUGAUGCGCACGCUUGAGACCCGAGGACGACGGUGGCCACCAUCACGGGACGAGGUUUCAUGCACCACACGGCGGCACCCGUGCCGCUCCAAGGUGCACUUCCUCGAUGGACAAGUGCAGAACGUCGACUUCGACCCCUGCGUGUCGGCUGCAGAGAUGCUUACCAUGCUCAAAACUCGCAUCAACCUGAGGCCCACAGCCGAAGGAUACGCCAUUUAUGAGGUCAUCGGACCAACAGAGCGAGCCAUGCUGCCAGACGAGAAGAUGGCUGACGCAAUGUCCAAGUGGGAACGCUGGGCUCAAAGCCAGCAGGGCACCGCGAAAGCCAAUAAGCAACAGUACUUCCUUUUCAAGAAACACCUGAUGCUUGACGCCUACAUAGACUUGAGCGAUCCCGUUGAGGAAGAGCUGCUGUUCCAUCAGCUUGUCUACAACAUCCGCCUGGACAGGUUUCCUGUGACGGAGCACGAAGCCGUUACCCUGUGCGCCCUCAAGGCCCAACUGGAUUACGGGGACUUCCGGGAGGCAAUUGUUGACUAUAGAAAAGUGAUGGCCCAGUGUCUUCCCAUGCGGCUGCUCAAGAUGAUCUCGGCUGACCAUGUGGUGACACAGCACCAGGCUUUAGCCGGCAUGAAUGUGCAGGAGAGCAAACGCGCCUUCCUCGCCUUGCUUCAGUCGUGGCCCCUGCACCGAGCCACCAUCUUCGAAGUCACGCAAUCCUACACAUCGUCCUGGCCUAAGACAUUGUGGUUUGCCGUUGACCAGAAUGGCGUACACUUGCUUGAGCUUCGCACACGGAAUGUGCUGUGCGCCUGUGAAUACGAAAGCAUCGUAAACUACAGUCCAUCCCUAAAUAGCCUCAUGAUUGUCACUGGAGGCGGUAAAAAGGGUGCCAAGUACAUAUUCACUACCAAUCAGGCAUUGCAGAUUGCCGGCCUCAUCAAAGACUACACAAACGUGCUCCAGAUGAAGCGAAAACCCAUGGAGAGAAUGUGGCACACGCCACAUGUCAAUGCGAGUGCCACCGCCACUAUGGAAGGCGGCAUCCAGCAGGAGCCAGCGACUCCACAGGGGUCCGAGCCGCAGCCGAUGCCACAACCCGUGGCUUCUCGGCCAGUCAGCAUCCUCUACAAACCGCCUCCGCCGCUACUAGUCGGCGAGGAUUUUGUCUAGGAAAUUUUCGGUGGGCACAUAAGGAAGAAGACCUAGGUAUAUACCUUUGUGUUGUACUUAACCGCGGCGAGAGUGCUCAGAUAUCCAACGAAUUUUAGUUGGUUACGAUUCCAAAGAGUAGGGAAGAUGCUUAUCUCGAUGUCAUUGCGGUGCUCUGUAAAGGAAAGACCUUUCGAAUGGGUGGUUCAGGUCUUGUGGUUUACUGGACGUUCCAAACAAAAGUCCCCGCGGGUGUCUCGUGGAGCGCGAAUAGGGCAUAUCUUCUUGGCUGACCUGUGAAGGGUUACCAACGACCUUGUUGGGGCCAGGGGUUACGAAAGGUCACCAACCUUGGUAGCCAAGGGUUACCCCAAAGGUUACCAAAGACCUCGUGGGUACGACACAUCCUCCAUGACGUGUAUAUAGGUGUAAUCGUGGGGUUGUCAUUUCGUGUCAGGUAGCGGGCUCAACAGGAAACUGCCUGCUGUCACUGACUGGGCAAGUGUAACAAAACACUCUGAACGCAACCACGAGGGAUUCGAACUACGUGUCUAUCUCCUCUGUGGUGGGAAUGUGCAUUUCGUUGGAGCCGUUCCGCAAGCAUUGUGCAACAGCUUCUAGUGGGAGGGAAAAUGCAUUGAGCAUGUACGCUGAAAUCUGGUAGGCACAUGAAAUCUCGCAAGCCUUGACACCACAAUGGGAUUGUCAGCGUUAUCAAUGAAAUGUCAUGUAUAACAUGUGUUCAGUAAUUUUGCCUGAAUAUCCGUAUGUGUUGUACGUGCCAUCUUACAUGAUCAUACGUGAUUAAUGCCUUUGAGGUAAUUAGGCAUACUGAGGUCGUCAUCCAGCAAUGUACUUUUUUUCUUCCUUUAUUUCAUUUAAAGAUCUGCGCCGUCUUGUGCCACCUUGAGUGUGCUUGAAAGCAUGUUUUCCUAAGGGUGGUGCAAGUUUUCAAAAGCAGAACAUUCGAAUUCGAUGCCGUCUGUUUCAGUGUUCAGUGGCUCACUGAGUGCUUCUGGUUGCAUAUCGUUGAAUUCCGCUGUGCUCGUGAAUUUAGCCAUUCAAAGAGGACGUGGAUGGUACGUGAGCCAAUCACAGCAGGCAAAAUGGCAAAGUGUAUAACCUGGCGGAAUAGAGACAGUAUUGAUAGAGAAGUGCUCUUUUGAUGACGUUGUGAAACAUCAGCGUAAUUGUACUCAACCUUUGAAUUCUUUCUGCAUCACAUGUUUGGACAACAGUUCCUGCCAGUUACAGAAUACUAAUGCUAUGACAUUUUUCCUCUUGCUUAUAAUUUUCUUUGAGAAGAUACUUGUGAUAACACUUUUUGUAUGUUCGCGAGCAAAUGUCUUGAGACCAUGAUAAACAUUAAAGUUUUAAAAUUUCGUCUAGCAUAAUCUCAUAAUGUCGAAUUCCUUUAAUGUAUUGCACAAGUUAAAUAUGUGCAUUGCAGUAGUCUCAUUUUAUUUUCUAUUACAGCCAUGACUAGGCUGUGAUGGAACAAGAAAUGUUUUUUGUCACACCAGUGGUUCAAGACAUCUGCUUGAGGGUGUAUUCAUUAUGUUAUACAAGUAGCUUUCUCUAUGAACACAUUGAAAUGUCACCGGUGCUAGAAACCUUUGGCUAUCUUUCGGUAUCGCUCACAUUAGGUGACGGUGACACACAUUCGUUAGACUUAGCUUUCGCUCGACAGCCUCCAUCUUGAAUCAAGUAUCCAGAAUAUACGUUCGACAUUGUACAACAUUCCCGGCUGUAUGAAGACAGACCGAUCUGAGUACUAACAUCCAGUAGGAAAUGUUAUGUUAUAUUUCAUCGUUGCUACCAAUUGCGAGGCAUUCGCCGAACCUACUGCUGUCCACCAGUCAUACGGAGCGCCACGGACGUCCCCAACAGGCUAUGCAGAUCUCUUAACUUUAUUGUGAGAACUUUGAAGAAAUGGGCAUGUACUUUACCCAUACACUUUCUGAAGGAAAGCGCAGUAUCAAUUAUGUUUGGUUGGGAAUGCAAUCGAUGUUCCUGAUCAUUGAGGGUAAGACGGAACUGCUUAAUUAGUAGCAUAUGUGUUCAAGGAGCAACGAUGACCAGUUGCGGCUAGUUGGUAGCUCACGUCUGCUGCGCCUUCGAAACACUAAUGAAAUCAAGCAGGAGAAAAAGCUAGCAUUCUGUAUGCAGUCCUUCGAAGCUGAAGGCCUCUUUCACUAGAGGCGUUGCUGGUAAGGGUUGAACUGGUCGAGCGGUUGGGCUGUUCGAUGGCACAGCAGAAAUCUUUCACUGCCCUAAUAAAUGAACCUCCACAGAUAUGACAGAGUAUACGCUCUGUUGCAGAGCUUCGUCGAAUAUCUUCUCUGAUGUAGCAAAGCUUGAGGUGACAUAAUGUUUGUGUUAUCCUCUGUAUAGAAGCUUUUCUCUAUGAUUUACUGCUAGAGGAGUGACAACUUUGCAAAUUAGUAGUAUUGAGUUCGGUCACAAGUGUGAAUCGCAUUCUUCCAAGUGAAUUAGGGAAGGCAAAUUUCACGAAAUUUUUUGGUGCUUACAUUUGAAUCUUUUUUUAAACGUAGAUCUACAAUAAUGCCAAUUUUGAAGUCACAUGUCUCACUUUUGAAAUCAAACAACUACUACUGCAGCCGUAUUAAGCCUUCCAGUUUAUUGCAUAUUAUUUUAACUAGCACGUGACUGCUAACAAAGUUUCACACGCCAAAAGCAUCCUUGUAGAAUUGUCGUAUAGAUUUAUAAAUUUGAAAACAAAUUGAAUUUAUACUAACUCAGAAUGGCUCAAGCGGCUUUCUUUUUACGUAGCCAACAUUGGCACUCAAGUCUUUCCUGUGUUCUAUGGACAAAGGUGGCUCUUUGCCACCAAAAUUUUUUUAGCCGUGUGCUACGGCAUUCUCUUGGUGGCUCAACUUUUCUCAGCAAGUGCUUCUCAACCAAGAGUUUGUCGACGUGUAAAUAUAGCACGUAAAGUAUUCGUAACGUCUUUCCCUCUUUGAAAAAAAAAA